GAAUUCGGGUUGAUUUUGGAUAUUAUGUUUACUAGAAAAGAACAAUUGAUUGCACGUACAGGAAAGAAUAAGGUUGGCCGUUUUGAAUUCUUAAAACUUUUGACUAACGAAUUCAAAACUUCAAAGUCUAAAGAAGCAAAGACACAGGUGUUGGCUAACUUGGCAAAUUUUGCUUACGAUCCAAUAAACUAUGAAUAUCUACGGAAACUGAAGGUAAUCGAUCUGUUCCUAUAUUUACUUUCGGAAGAUGACAAAGAUUUUGUACGUUUUGCCAUCAGCGGAAUCUGCAACUUGUGUUUAGAUCCAGAGAACAAAGAUUACAUCGUUCACAGUCAAGGUGUGCAGGCUGUAUCGUCUCUGUUGACAUCCUCCGACGAAGAGACUGUUCUUUCUGCUACAACAACAUUGAUGUUCCUGAUCUCGCCUUUUUCGAAACCACUCAUAACUUCUCCUAAAAUUAUCGAAUCUAUGAUACAUUUCUCAAAUAGUUCCAAUAUUAGAAUUAAAAACUUGGCAACUAUAUUCCUUACAGAUUACUGUUCCGAUACCGACGUCAAGCACACCAAAGAACAUCCAACAGUUUUACCAGUUUCUGCGAUUCCACUACCGCCCAUGAUGUAUAGCAGGCUUUGCACACUCUGCGCAAGGCAUUCAAGGUCCUACAGUGCCAAUCUUCAGUCGAAAUUUGCCUCUAAUCGAAGCUUCAAAGCCGGCGAUACUAUAACUAUAACUAAAUUGAUAACGGAGGAUGAUAUUUUGAGUUUUGCCAAGCUCACUGGCGAUUUCAAUCCAAUUCACAUAGAUUCUCCUAAGAAUAUUGUCCACGGAGCAUUCCUAAAUAGUUUGGUUUCUGGAGUUAUUGGUACUAAAUUACCAGGUCCUGGGACAAUAGUCGUUGAACAGCUAAUCAAGUAUUUGAAUCCUUGUUAUACUGGCGAUACUGUUUCGAUAACUGUUGACGUAAUCGCUAUAAGGAAAAUUAUCAGGUGUAAAUAUCGCUGCAUUGCUAACAUGGAACGAAUUGUUCUUGAAGGUGAAGCUAAACUCAUAUCGAGUAAGAAGAAAAAGAACAUCAGCUUCACGGAGUAGGAUUUAUAUAACUCUUCACUAAUUGUGAGCUUCUUGUUAUGUAGAUGUGUAUUAUAAUAAAA